UUAAAGGAUAGGGACAGUUAUUUUGAACUGUGCUUGCUUGGUGUAUACCAACUUUGUCAGUUGUGCACGGUCUUUCUGCUUCCAGGCUUGGACUUAGCCCUCGGAUACUAUCCCAUCCGCGUUUUCUGUUAUUUAAGCGACGCUUCGUAGAUUAGGCUUAACAAGGGCCGAACCUCUACCACUGCCUGUUUAAAGCAUGGCCGCUAUGCACAAUGACCUAGACCGAUGGAUAGAGAAAGUAAGGAAAUGCGAACAUUUGGCUGAGGAGGAGUUGAAGACGCUCUGCGACUAUGUGAAGGAGAUCCUUGUUGAAGAGUCAAACGUGCAGCCAGUGAACGCACCAGUAACAGUGUGCGGUGACAUCCAUGGACAGUUUCAUGACUUGCUUCGGUUGUUUGAGACGGGAGGGGAGGUGCCCAGCACCAAUUACAUCUUUAUGGGGGACUUUGUGGACCGGGGGUACAACAGCCUUGAGGUCUUCACUAUGCUUAUGCUAUUGAAGGCCCGGUAUCCCGCCAACAUAACUCUGCUCAGAGGCAACCACGAGAGCCGACAAAUCACCCAGGUUUACGGGUUCUAUGAUGAGUGUCAGCGCAAGUAUGGCAACGCGAACGCGUGGCGGUAUUGCACGGAAGUUUUUGACUUCCUCACGCUUUCGGCGCUCAUCGACAGCAAGGUGCUCUGCGUGCACGGCGGUUUGUCACCAGACGUCCGGACGCUUGACCAAAUCCGUACGAUUGAUCGGGUUUGCGAGAUCCCCCACGAAGGGCCGUUCUGCGACCUAAUGUGGUCAGACCCGGAGGACAUCGAGACAUGGGCUAUCAGUCCCCGCGGUGCUGGUUGGCUCUUCGGCAGCAAGGUGACAGCGGAGUUUAACCAAAUUAACGGACUGGAGCUCAUUUGCCGUGCGCACCAGCUCGUGCAGGAGGGCUUAAAAUACAUGUUCCCCGACAGAUCCCUGGUGACUGUGUGGUCGGCACCCAACUACUGCUACCGAUGUGGGAAUGUGGCGUCUAUCCUCAUAUUCGAUGAUAAUUUAAAUCGGGACGUACGGUACUUCACAGAGACGCAAGAAAACAGCAAUAUGAUGGCGCCCCGUGCUACUGCCCGGUACUUCUGGUAGACGCGGAGUGUGGCACGAACAGAGACCAGUUGCGGGAUGUGGCACG